AUGAAGGCAGGCUUUGAUAGCAGAAACUGGACUGACAAAGGCUAUUCAAUUGGAGAAGGCUAUAAAUGGUUACAAGGAAGUAUGCCUGAUGUUAGAUGGACCAAAUGGAUAUGGAAUAAUUUCAAUAUUCCAAAGCACUCUUUUAUAGCUUGGAUUGCUAUUCAUGACAGAUUAAGGUUGAGAAACAAGUUGUUCAAACUGGGAAUCUGUGAAGAUGAGGCUUGUUUGCUCUGUGGCACUGAACCUGAGAAUUUGCAUCAUCUAGAUUAUAGCAUUGAGAAUGCUUGGAAAAUUUGGAGCAGAGGACUGAAAGAUCCAAUUAAGAAGAAGGUGGUGUUGGCUGUUCUUACAGCCUUACUUUAUCAUAUUUGGCUGGCCAGAAACCACUCCUACUGGAAGAAGGCUGUGAUUCACCCUGAGAAGCUUUGCAAAGUGAUUUGUGUGGAAGUCAUUGAAAGAAGUCAGUAG